CGAUGAAUUAAUGGCGGAAGCAGGAGUUCCUUCCUGGAAGGUGCGGGGAAACGUGGGCGAUCGAUCAACAUCAACUGCGGCAGGCAUCGCAUCUCAUCUCAUCUCAUCUCAUCGUGCUCAGCAUCACUUGCUUUUUUAAUCUAUCUUAUUGAGGGCUGUCUACUUGAUAAUAUUUUUGCCCGAAACGCCCGUGUGGACAUGAAGACGUUUCAAAUUUGAGGGCUUCUUAUUCAACGGAAAAAAAAAAAACAAACCAAAUAGUCAGAUUCUACAAAGUCAACGACAGAGAAAGGUCGGAAGCCAUUGAUAGAUGUUGAAGGAAGAAGAUCUUCGCAAUGGAAGAAAUCAAAAGGAUUCUGAGACUGUAAGAGAACGAACGAGCUUGAUGUUUGGAUGGGUUUCAGGUACACAAUGGAUUUACAUUUACAUUUACAUUUACAUUCACAUUUAUUACUUAAGCUCUUCCUCCUCGGAUGGAUCAAAUUCGCCAUUGUCAUUGCCACUGAUACCUUAAGCUUCAACCAAUCCAUCCGUGGCACCCAAGUUCUGAUUUCCAGUGGUCGAAAUUUCAAAUUCGGGUUUUUCAAUCCAUCAAACACCACUCGCUAUUACGUGGGGGUGAUGUACAAUGUCCCUGUUCAAACUGCUGUAUGGGUAGCUAAUAGAGACAGGCCACUGAAUAAUUCUGAUGGAACAGUGGAGCUGUCGGAAGAUGGAAAGCUUUUGGUGUUGGAUGGGCAGAAUCAGAUAAUCUGGUCGUCGAAUUCGACAGGUCCUGUAGGAAAUUACAGUGCUACUCUCCUGGAAACAGGCAAUUUGGUGCUUCAAGAUUUCUCCCGAUCAGGCACCACUGUUUGGGAAAGUUUCGAACACGCUUCGGAUUCUUUCCUGGCGAGGAUGAGAAUGACGACUGAUUUACGGACAAAUCAAAAGAACACAUUGACAUCAUGGGCAAGUCCUGAUAAUCCAUCACUUGGUAGUUACACAGCUUCAAUCGAACCUCAUCGAAUUCCGCAGGUUGUAGUUAGGAAUGGCGUUGAUCCUUAUUGGCGCAGCGGUCCUUGGAACGGUCAGAUUUUUAUUGGAAUUCACAGAAUGGAAGUUUACUUCUAUCAAAAUGGAUUUGAUCUUGUUAGUAAUGAUCCUGAUGUUGCUUAUCUAACGGUCACCUGGUCGAAUUCAUCGUUUUUGUCGUAUUUCAUCUUGGACAGCUCGGGGAUCAUACAGCAGAAGUGGUGGUCGGAUGAGACACGUGCCUGGCAAGUGAUAUGGUUGUCGAUCGAAAGCGAAUGUGACGUGUAUGGAAAGUGUGGACCUUUCGGGUUCUGCGAUCGCAGCGCAACGCCAAUAUGCAGUUGUUUGCCGGGGUUCGCGCCAAAAAACGUAAAAGAAUGGAAUGCAGGGAAUUGGACGAGCGGCUGCGCGCGAAGGGCGGAGCUUCAAUGUGCGAAGAACAAUUCCGAUGGGAAGAAAGACGGAUUUUUGAGGCUGAAAGGAGUUAAAUUGCCGGAUAACAUUAGUUGGAUUCUGUCUUUAGAAGAACUCUGCGGCGACGCGUGUUUGAGUAAUUGUUCGUGUAUAGCUUACGCUUACAAUGACGGCAUUGGGUGCAUGCAGUGGAUUGGAAGCCUAAUCGAUGUGCAGAAGUUUUCAGGAGGUAGAACGGAUUUGUACAUUCGAUUGGCGCAUUCGGAGUUGGGUAACAAGAGUGACCGGAGGGCAGUGAUUGCAGUGGCGGCAGUGUCGGGGUUUAUAGUCGCCGUUGUCUGCGCAUGGUUGUUGUUGAAGAAGUAUAAAGCGAGACGUAAAAGGCGACACCAGCCGUUGUCGAUCCUCAGGGAUGUUGAUCCGGCGCAUUCGGGAGAAAGUGUGCUCAAAGAUAAUGUGGAUGGAGUUCGAUUGGAAGAGUUUCCGUUCUUCGAAUUUCAGAUUCUCUUAAACGCAACGAGCAACUUCGAUCCCAUCUGCAAGCUCGGGCAGGGUGGCUUCGGUCCAGUUUACAAAGGAAAGUUAUUAACAGGGCAAGAAAUUGCUGUGAAACGGCUGGCAAGAUCGUCGAAUCAGGGGCUGGAGGAGUUCAAAAACGAGGUCGAGUUGAUCUCUAAGCUCCAGCACCGCAAUCUUGUUAGCCUGCUCGGUUGCUGCAUUGAGCACGAAGAAAAAAUGCUAGUUUACGAAUACAUGCCUAAUGGAAGCUUGGACGCGUAUCUUUUUGAUUCACACAAACAAGAGAUUCUUGACUGGAACCGGCGCAUGCUGAUCAUCGAGGGGAUUUCUCGAGGAUUGCUAUACCUUCAUCGCGACUCGAGGUUAAGAAUUAUUCACCGGGAUCUAAAGGCGAGUAAUAUUCUGUUGGACGACAAGUUGAAUCCCAAAAUAUCGGAUUUCGGCAUGGCUAGGAUAUUCGGAGGAAAUGAUGAUCAAGCUAAUACAAACAGAGUUGUGGGAACACUCGGCUAUAUGGCCCCCGAAUACGCAUUGGAAGGGCGAUUCUCAGAGAAAUCCGACGUCUUUAGCUUCGGCAUUCUGCUGCUUGAAAUCGUCAGCGGAAGAAGGAACACGAGCUUUUACGACAACAAAGAAGCUCAAAGCCUUGUUGCAUAUGCAUGGAAGCUAUGGAUUGAAGAAAAGAUGCUGGAUUUGAUCGAUCCUUCCGUAUUCGAUUCGGAUAUGGUACCGGAUAUUGUAAGAUGCGCGCACGUCGGGCUGUUGUGUGUUCAAGAAACUGCGCACGAUCGGCCGAGCAUUUCGACGGUGGUGUCGAUGCUUAGCAGCGAAAUCUCGGAGCUUCCGAAUCCGAUGAAGCCGGCGUUCAUCGUGUAUCGCCGCCGGAGUUGCUCCGGAGCUGAGAGCUCUGAAAGAAGCACUGCAGGUAUGUUGUCUGUGAACGAUAUGACAGUGACGAUCGUUGAAGGCCGGUAUUUCCAUCCGCAAAGGUUGAAAGUCCUUGAUAGAGCACACAAGGUUUUCGCGUUAGAAUCAGAGCUCAGAAGAAAGAAUUUCAUGGGUUUCAGGUGCAAAAUAGAUUUUAUAAUUUCAAUUCUUCAGGUGCUUUUGUUUGUAUGGAUUAAAUUUGCGUUUGCCGUUGAUACCUUAAGCUUCAAUCAGUCUAUCCAUGGCUCCCAAUUUCUGAUUUCCGAUGGGCAAACUUUCAAAUUCGGGUUUUUCAAUCCAUCGAACACCAGUCGCUAUUACGCGGGUGUGAUGUACAAUCUCCCUGUUCAAACUGUUGUAUGGGUAGCUAAUCGAGACAGGCCCCUGAAUGAUUCUGCUGGAACAGUCGAGGUGUCGGAAAAUGGAAAGCUUGUGGUGUUCGAUGGGCAGAAGCAGAUUGUCUGGUCGUCGAAUUUCACAGGCCCUGUCGGAAAUUACAGUGCUACGCUCUUGAAAACCGGCAAUUUGGUGCUGCGAGAUUUAUCCAGAGGCACAACUGUUUGGGAAAGUUUUCAACAUGCUACAGAUUCGUUAUUGCCAGGGAUGAAACUGACGACUGAUUUUCGGAUGAAUGAGAAGAACAUACUGACAUCAUGGACAAGUCCUUCUGAUCCAUCUAUUGGAAGUUACACAGCUUUCGUCGAUCCCCUAGAGAUCCCACAGGUUGUAAUUCGAAGAGGUUCUGAUAUCCACUGGCGUAGUGGUCCAUGGAAUGGCCAUUUUUUCAUUGGUGUACCGAGGAUUAGUAGAUUUGUAUACCAAAAUGAAUUCGAUCUUGUUCAUGAUGAUCCUGCAUCUGCAUAUCUGAUCAUCGCCUCUACCGUUGAAAACAUCUUGUUAUUUUCCUUCGACAGCUCCGGAAUUUUACAGCGGAAGACAUGGUCGGAUGAGGAAGGUGAUUGGGAAGUACACUGGUCGUCGAUAGAAACUGAGUGUGAUCCUUAUGGAAAGUGUGGUCCUUUUGGGAUCUGCAAUCCACAAUCUUCUCCAAUAUGCAGUUGCUUGCCAGGCUAUGUGCCGAGGAGAAUUAAUGAGUGGAAUGCCGCGAAUUGGACGAGUGGCUGCACGAGAAGGACCCUUUUACAGUGUGAGAAGAACAGCUCGGCUAGUGAAGCUGGAAAGAAAGAUGGAUUUGUAAGAGUGAAAGCAGUGAAAGUACCCGAUAAUGUUACUUCGGUUCCUCUGACAGAAGCAUUCUGUGGUAGUGAGUGUUUUGAUAAUUGUUCUUGCAUAGCUUAUGCCUACAAUGAUGGCGUUGGGUGUAUGUUUUGGUUCGAAAGCCUGAUUGAUGUGCAGCAGUUCUCCACGGGGGGUGUAGACUUAUACAUUCGCUUGGCGCAUUCCGAGCUUGGUAAGAAGAAAGACUCGACUGCAGUUGUUGCGGCCGUGACAGUCUUGGGGUUUAUAGUCGUCGCUAGUGUCUGUGUGUUCUUGCUGUUGAAGAAGUACAAAGGGAGCAGAGAAAGAGACGCAGAGUUUUCACCGGCGAGUGUGCUCAAAGAUAAUGUGGAAGGAGUUCAAUUUGAAGACUAUCCGUUCUUCGACUUUCAGAUUCUGUUAAAUGCUACAAGAAACUUUGAUCCCAUCUACAAGCUCGGAGAGGGUGGCUUCGGUCCAGUUUACAGAGGAAAAUUAUCAAAUGGCAAAGAAAUUGCCGUGAAACGGCUGGCGCAAUCAUCGAAUCAGGGGCUGGAGGAGUUCAAAAACGAGGUCGAGUUGAUCUCUAAGCUCCAGCACCGUAAUCUGGUUAGCCUGCUCGGUUGCUGCAUUGAGCGCGAAGAAAAAAUGCUAGUUUACGAAUACAUGCCUAAUGGAAGCUUGGACGCGUAUCUUUUUGAUUCACACAAACAAGAGCUUCUUGACUGGAACCAGCGGAUGGUGAUCAUCGAGGGGAUUUCUCGAGGAUUGCUAUACCUUCAUCGCGACUCGAGGUUAAAAAUUAUUCACCGGGAUCUAAAGGCUAGCAAUAUUCUGUUGGACGACAAGUUGAAUCCCAAAAUAUCGGAUUUCGGAAUGGCUAGGAUUUUUGGAGGAAAUGAAAAUCAAGCUAAUACAAACAGAGUUGUGGGAACACUCGGCUACAUGGCUCCCGAAUACGCAUUGCAAGGGCGAUUCUCGGAGAAAUCGGAUGUCUUCAGCUUCGGCAUUCUGCUGCUUGAAAUCGUCAGCGGAAGAAGGAGCACCAGCUUUUUCGACAACAAAGAAGCUCAAAGCCUUGUUGAAUAUGCAUGGAAGCUAUGGAUUGAAGAAAAGAUCCUGGAUUUGAUCGAUCCUUCCAUAUACGAUUCGGAUAUGGUAACGGAGAUUGUAAGAUGCGCGCACGUCGGGCUGUUGUGUGUUCAAGAAAGUGCACAUGAUCGGCCGAGCAUUUCGACGGUGGUGUCGAUGCUUAGCAGCGAAAUCUCGGAGCUUCCGAAUCCGAUGAAGCCGGCGUUCAUCGUUAACCGGUGGAGUUCUUCCGGAGCUGAGAGCUCUGAAAGAAGCACUGCGGGUAUGUUGUCUGUUAACGAUAUUUCAGUGACAAUCGUUGAAGGCCGGUAAGUUAAAUACUACUUGACGAUGUACGGAUAUUAUAUAGAUAUUUGAUUGAGUAAUGAAUUGUAAAUUCUAUUAGUUUGGAGGAAUUAUGAGUAGAAAAAGAUGGCUUAUUUUUACUAUUUGGACUAUGCGUUUUUUCAAAAAAAUACAUUUUUUUCUCAAACAAAAUUAUCUCAU